AUGCGUUUCAAAUUUUCGCCACGAAUUAAACCACGCUCGGCUUUGUUUUGCCGUGAUACGAUAGUUAAAGGAGUUAUGGUCAAUUAUGGUAACUUAAUUAAAUUGCUCUGGAGCUCCAGUCUAGAUAUCGACAUUAAACCGAAUGCCCAAUCGGAAUUCAAUUACCUUGUGUUAGAAGUGACGGACGGUGAAAUGUAUCUUUAUUUUUGCUUAGUGGUAUUGUCAUGUAAAAUUUCAACAACCUUGCAAAAAAAUAUUAAAAAUUCUGAUAUAGAGACUUUAAUUGAGCAAUUAGAUAAUAAUAAUGGAAGUAUAGAAUCGACGACAUCAAAUACUCCGGGAAACAGUUCGAGGAUUAUUUAUUUUAAAUCAGUGACAGAACCUAAAAUAUUUAAAGGACAACCGAGUAAUGUCGAGAAUAUGAAGGAAGAUAAUGAAUCUCUUGACUUUGUUUAUGAUGAUACAUAUGAUAAUGAGCUGCCUAAUUUUAGAAGGAGUGAACAUAAUAGGUCUCUAAAUAAAAUAGACACAUUACAAAACUUAGAAAAACAAGUUAAAUCUAAAGCGGAAUUGCAAGCCGCUGGAAGUCACAUUUCAAAUACAAAAACACCUCUCAGCGGAGGAAGUAUUUUACCAAACUUUGUUAUAGAUCAAAUUGUUUACGAAGAAAGUGAAAGUAAUACUAACUUCAAAAGUACAAUUGAAGAACUAGAAAAAAAAAUCACCAGCCACAAUGAAAAGGAAAGAUACAAAUUCUCACGUCUGUUUCAAGAGAUAAAAAAUCUCUACAACGAAUUAGACGAAUUGAAAAAAGUACAAGAGCAACUAAAUAGAACUCAGGAAAUUCUUACACGUAAGGACAAUUCAGCAAAUGAGCGGUCGGGUAAUGCAUUGAAUUUGCCCACACCAAAAUGUUGUUUGAAGACGAAUAAUCCAGUUAGAUAUCCAAUGCAGCAUCACAAACAUGCAAACCCAUUUGUGAACCAAUUGCCAAUUAUUAAUAACUACCCCAAAACGUUCUCUCUACCAAACUUACCUUAUUUACGAACAAUACCCAAACGCUUUUCAUCAAAUUUUAAUAAUAAUCAGGGGUUCGUACAUCACAUCCCAUUGUUUAAAUACUUUCAUUAGAAUUUACUCAAACAUUCGCUUUUUGUUCCCAAGUGUUAAUUGGGUCGUACUUUUGUCGCGGUUACGUAGUUAGGCAUCAGUCACUGGCAGCUAGUUAGCAAGUUGUGAUCGUGAAACACAAAGAAGCUAUUCACAAUUGAGUCUAACUAGUGAGCAUCGAGUAAACAUGAUCAAACCGACGUCCAAACUGCGCUUAAAGAUCUAGUUAGCUGCGGAAACAAUGCGUGCCUGCGUUCACAGCUGGUUGAUUGUUGCUCAAGAUCACAUGUUCUAUUCGAAUUUUACUUUUACUAAUUAAAAACUAGUGUAGUAGAUAUAUAUAAAUUUACCGAAAAGUUAACUUGUAGAUUAUGUACAAACAAAUCAUAAAAGAGGGAACUACUAGACAGGUUUUCGGCAAAUAAAGUAUGCGUCGUUUGGAGCAAUACCUAGGCAUAUGUUUCUAAUGACACGGCAUUCUAAACACUCCUUUAUUUAUUACAGUACAUUUAAGAGAAUUUAAAUACUUCUUAUUGCUACUUUUAAAACCAGCAGCCAGACAAUUACAGAUAAAAAAGACACAAAACAUCGUACAAAAUUAAAAGAUGGAUGGAACAACAGAACUCCGCGUAGGGGUCCAUUAAUAUGAACUUCACACUUCCACGAGUAAUUCUCAAACGGCUAUUAUCAGAACCGUGUUAAUCUCUGCUAGGAGCUUUCAAUAGCGUUUCGCAUAUAGAAAAGUUUUGCGAAAAUGUUUGAAACUUCUCGACUGAGUGAAGUUGAUGUGUUAAUGUGUUUCUCAUUGUAUCAUGCAUUAAAUACUUAGUUGCCGUUAAAAGUGUAUUAAGUAGGGUUUGGAUUACCUUUUAAACUCUAUUUACUUUCGUGUGGGUUGGUUUAGGAAAGUUUUUCAAUGUUACGAAGUUCAUAAUUUUUUUUUCAUAUUCUUAAAUAUAUAUAAGCUAGUUAAAUAGUUUUUAAUUUGUAUCAAAUAUAUUGUUUAUAAGUAACGUAAUAUGAAGCUCAGAACGAAAUUUAAUGUUUAUCCUUAUUACUUGUGUUACUUGGUCAAUAAUAUUACUGAUAAUGUAAUGUAAUGAUAAUUUUUAGAUUUUUAAAAACAUUAAAAUUUUAAUUGUAUGAAUUAGUUUAGUAAGUAGUAGUUUUUUUUGUUUGCAACAAAUUGCUAUCCGUAUUAUAACCACUUUUAGGCAACGAUGUUAUAAAUAUGUAUUUUCAUACCAUAGUAUUCGUUACGAAAAUAAGCUUAAAAUGAAAAUUUGUUUACUAUAGAUACACGGGUUCGGUCCUUACAAUUUAAUUUAAAACGCAAUGAGGAAAAAUGAAGCAGUUCUCUCUCGCUCUUUUUAUUCUAGACAUGCAUUAGUCUCUUAUUAGCUCGAGGAGUUUGUAUAAUAAUGGUAUCUAAUCCUGGCGGGAAACAAAGUAAACACGUCCUGAUGUAGCUUUAAGAAACUCAUUCAAAUCCAAUUUAUUUUCCAUUUCCCCACUUCAUGAAAACUUAAAUAUGCUCGCCAGGUAAACCACUUUGAAAGCAAUCCUUUGAUCAUGGUUAUCUCUUUAUACGAAACUGUAUCAAAAUUUGAUACAUAAUUUCUAUUCACUUUUCUGCGGAAACUUGCUAUACUAUGUGGGUUAAUGAAUAAAAAUUCUAUUAUUCUACGUUCUGUCUACACUAACGCGGAUUAUAAGUCGAAUCAUUUUAAAUGUCUUAUCCUGAAACGGAGAUCAAAGCUUUAUUAUCCUUUCAAAAUCAGUUACUUUUCUUUAUGAAGUCAAAUAUGUUACACACGUGUUGCACACGAUGAAAAUGUAAAUGCAUUCGAAAGACGCCAUUCUUAUAUGCAAAUAUUCACUUGUUAAACUACAAAUUAAUCCAUACUAUAUAUAUUAAAAAAUACAUAUACAAGAUAUAUUUAGAUAAUACGUAAUAUAAUAGUUAUAAAAUACUUACUUUACAUGUAUAGAACUGUGGUAUCUGAGGGAUACGACCUCCAAUUGUUUCAAGAAAGACCCACUAGAACCGGUGUCCAUGGGCUGCGAUGAUAGCCCCUGCCUCAUCUUAUAAAAAAUAUGGAUCGUUUCAAAUUUAUAUUAUGUAGUUUUUUAGUGUGGAACUAAAUAAUUCAGUAACCAAGAAACAUGCACAUUUCAUUUUAUCCAAAUUAUACGCUGUCUGUUUACUAAGAAGUCUUCAUUUAGCUACAAGUUUAUACACAGGAACAAUAAGUGAUCAGCGAGAUAAAGCAAAUUGUUUGUUCUUAUCUCAUUUCUCCGAUACACCGUAUUGAGUUUCACGGGCAAGUUAAUAAGAAUUCAAACGAAUGAACUUACAAAUGCACGCUUAUACUCGUUAAUGAUACCCGGAAGGCACGUUGCUUUUGUGAGGCAUCUUUGAUUAAAUAUUUUUUAUAAAGAUUUAAUUUAACAACACAUUAUUUUGAAACAAAAAAGAUGGAACUUUUGAAAGUUAGAAGUUUUAGUUUUAAGAGCGUUCAAUUGAUAAAGCGAUUUCAUCUAAGUAAAAGAAUAAAUAUUUGGGUUGAAUUGCGUUUGCAUAAUUUUUAUUAGAUUUUGUUCUUUCUGACAAACGAUUUAAAUUAGCAACAAGACAAACCAAGUCACGUGCAUAGAGUCGAUACUUUACUAUAAAAUAUUCAAACCUGUCUAGCAUUACCAAUUACGUAAUUUCGUAAAUAGAAUAUUAGAACGAAUUGUGAAACUACAUUCGUAUACAGUCAACAUCUUUUCAUGGAAACAAAACCCACAGAGUUAAUUAAGAAAAUGAAAUAUGAAUCGAAAGAAAAUGUUAAAUAAUUAUCUGGAAUGUAUACAAAUCUUAAUAAAAAUACAGAAGUGCUCUCAUUCACGACAGGCGUCGAUGCACGCAAGGUAGCUCUUCAAAGUUUACGGAUUGUGCAUGAGACAGGAAUUAACUUAUAAAAGAUCUUCGACUCACUCGCCACAUGCAGUUUCUUAUAGAGCAAAAUAUUAACACGCUACCUAUUUAUUUGAAAAGCUAUCGCGAAGUUUUGUACAAUUUUGCAUACUGACAAUUUCUUAACUUCAUCUUUGACUCACUUGAAAACGUGUAGUGCAGACGUUUCACUACAUUUUCUUUUAAAACUUCCUCAUACUUAGAAGUUUUUGCAACUUAGGGAAAUUUAUU